CUCAUAUUUGGAUACAUAAGUGAGAAGUGAAUCAACCGAAUAGGGAAUGACAAGUGAAUCGGUGUUUAAAGCUUUAGUGAGACGUAAGAAGAUUAUCGCCGAUUCGGUGGACACGAGUCAACUCAAGAGAUGUCUGUCCUUUUUCGACCUAACCUGCCUGGGCAUUGGCUCGACACUAGGUCUGGGUGUAUAUGUAUUGGCCGGGCAGGUGGCCAGUGGUGAUACGGGUGAUGCUGCCAGUGGGCCCUCCGUAUGCAUAUCCUUUCUAAUCGCUGCUAUUGCAUCGGUAUUCGCAGGUUUAUGUUACGCGGAGUUUGGGUCGCGAGUGCCGAGAGCGGGCUCGGCCUACAUAUACUCAUACGUAACGGUCGGCGAGUUUAUGGCAUUUGUGAUCGGAUGGAAUCUCAUCCUGGAAUAUUUAUUUAUAUGUUACCUACCCACCCCACCCCUUAUAGGAACGGCAUCGGUAGCUAACGGGUACAGCAUAUACAUUGACUCGUUAUUUGAUGGCAAGAUAUCGAAAUAUUUCAAAAGUCAUGUGGCUAUGCAUAUAUCAGGCCUGGGUGAUUAUCCAGACCCCAUAGCAUUCUUGCUCACUCUAGGGCUGGCGGUUCUGUUAGCACUGGGCGUCAAGGAGUCGAUCCGAUUGCACACAAUAAUGACUGUUUUGAAUCUACUGGUCGUUGCGUUUGUCAUAAUCGCCGGUCUCUUCAAAAUCGAUUCCCACAACUGGAAUAUCUCUAAGGAUGAGAUACCACCCAAAUAUACACACGCGGGAAAUGGAGGCUUCUUUCCCAACGGCUUCUCCGGUGUGAUGGUCGGAGCCGCCACGUGUUUCUAUGCGUUUGUGGGCUUCGACGCCAUCGCAACCACCGGUGAGGAGGCGAAGAACCCUAAGAGGAACAUCCCAUUGAGUAUAGUGUUGUCGCUACUCUUCAUAUUCCUGGCCUACUUCGGCAUCAGUGCCAUACAAACCCUCCUAUACCCGUACUAUCUACAAGGAAAGGAUGAUACGAACGGUGCCGCACUGCCCUACAUAUUCGAGCACCUGGGCUGGACGUGGGCCAGGUGGAUUGUGUCUAUAGGCGCCCUCAACGGUCUGUCCACCAGUUUGUUGGGUGCUAUGUAUCCCUUGCCCCGAGUGUUAUACUCUAUGGCCAACGAUGGCAUUAUAUUGCGAUUCCUGGCGAUAGUACACCCCCGGUUCAAAACACCAGUCUAUGCCACCAUUAUUUCUGGAGGAUUGGCUGCUGUUAUGGCGGCCUUGUUUGAUAUUAACCAGCUCAUUAAUAUGAUGUCUAUUGGUCUACUGUUAAUUAUAUUGGACGCACAGCUCGUGUUUUUUGAGCCCCAGAUAUUUGACGGAAAUGUGGGUCCAAUUGUGAGCUCCUGUAUUACUGUCGUUAUUAUCGUGCCCGGCGUACCGGUAAUUCCCUUCCUAAGUGUUUUUGUAAAUAUUUACCUGAUGUUUAAACUAUCGUACGAUACAUGGAUAAGGUUUGGCGUAUGGAUGGUGAUAGGAUUGUUAAUGUAUUUCUUAUACGGCAUUCGUAACAGUAGUGAACGCCUAAAUCGGUCAGACAGUGAGUCCAGAGUUUUUAGGUAA